AUGCGGGACUGGAGUGGCCCUUGUUGUGGCCGCCCAUACGCCGCCCCUUCGCUGACUGUACGCCGUCCCUACGCCCCCAUACACCACCUUUACGCCACCCAUACGUCACCCCUACGCCGUCCCUACGCCCCCAUACACCACCCAUACGCCGUCCCUAGGCUGCCCCUACGCCGCCCACACGCCCCCAUACACCACCCAUACGCCGAAAGGACGCCACGUACCCAAACGCAGCACCUAUACGCCACCCUGCAAAACCCAUACGCCACACCUAUGCUACCCAUACAUCACCCCCAUGCCACCCCUACGCCGCGCCUACGCCACCCAUACGUCACCCAUACGCCACCUAUACGCCACCCUGCAAAACCCAUACGUGGCCCUUAUUAUGUCACCCAUACAUCACCCCUAUGCCACCCAUACGCCACCCAUACGCUUCCUAUACGCUGCCCCUACGCCACCCAUACGCCACCCAUACGCUACCUAUACGCCGCCCUACGCCACCCAUACGCGCACCCCAAACGCCACCGCUACGCAACCCAUACGCCACCUAUACGCCACCCAUACGCCACCCCUACGCCACCCAUACGCCACCCCUACGCCGCCCUGUCGCCCAUAAUCCGAUGUCCGCAAAAAACAUGA